AUGCCAUUAUUUAAGAACCCUUUUAAAAAUCUCUCAAAAAGCAGUGUUGUGGAGGCUAGUGAUGAUAUUUCGCAAGUGGAAAAUAACAAACCCCCAUCAUGUGAUGGAAAAGAUCAAAUUUGUAUUGUUGGAAAUGUGAAAUUGUUGGAUUUGCCCUCCGAGUUGAUUGUUCACAUUGGACAAUUUAUGGAUGUGAGACUGUUGAAUAGUUUGGCAUUGUGUAAUAGUAGAAUGUUAUUAUUAUUUUUUAAUGUGGAAAAGAAUGUGAUUGAAAAAGAUUACGAAACUGUAGACGAAAGUUUUGAAAGAGUUCAGCAAUUAAUUUGGAAACCUUUGGUGUUUAGUUAUUAUCCAAGGUUUGAAAAAUCGUUAAAUGUUAAAAACUGGCAGCAUUUACUGAGGAGAAGAAUGCAACAUGUGAAAUUACAUGGCUCUCAAUUCAAAUUGGACAUUCCAACAUUUGUUCAAUCGAAACAUGAUGAGAUGAUUGAAAAUUGUGAAUGGAUUUUCAAAUGUCCACUUAAAUUCGAUGAUUUACAGUCUCAUCCCUCAGAAUUAGGUGUUAAAUUUUGUACAAGAUAA